AUGGGAAAGACAAGUUUGACCUUGUCCAUCGCAGGGUGUUUUGGUUUGGAUAUCUACACAAUCAAUCUUUCCAGCAUUGACAACAAUGACCUGAGGAACUUGUUCGCCAACCUUUCUGGCCACUGUGUUAUUCUUUUGGAAGAUGUGGAGAUCGUCAAUUCAAGCUCACCUGAGAUGGCUUCUCUGACCACACUACUUGAUGUUGUCGACGGUGUAGAAGAUGGCCAAGUGUUAAUCAUGACAACCUGUCAUGUCAAACUAGUCGACAGCGCACUUUUGCAAGCCAGUCGUGUGGAUGUGAAAACCGAGUUCUGCCUUGCAGAUAAAGAAACAAUAGCUCGGCUCUUCUGGUUUGCUUUUGAACAGAAAGCAGCCGACCCACUAGCACAUGAGUUUACUAGCAAGGUAUCGGAGUUAGAAUUCAGCCCGGCUGAGAUUCUGUCAUUCUUGAUAGAGAACAGGCGAUCUCCUAAAGAGGCUGUUGAUAAUGUAGCGGCAUGA